CACUCAGAGAUGAGGAAUUACUCAGCUGUGACCGAGUUCUUUCUGGUGGGACUCUCCCAGUACCCAGAGCUCCAGUUUUGUCUGUUCGUGCUCUGCCUCAUCAUGUACAUGAUAAUCCUCCUGGGAAAUAGCCUCCUCAUUAUCAUCAGCAUCCUGGAUUCUCGCCUCCACACCCCCAUGUACUUCUUCCUUGGGAACCUCUCAUUCUUGGACAUCUGUUACACAUCAUCCUCCAUUCCUCCAAUGCUCAUCAUAUUUUCUGGGAGAAAAUCCAUCUCCUUUGUUGGCUGUGCUCUGCAGAUGGUUGUCUCCCUGGGGUUGGGCUCCACUGAGUGUGUGCUCCUGGCUGUGAUGGCCUAUGACCGCUAUGUGGCCAUCUGCAACCCCCUGAGGUACCCCAUCAUCAUGAACAGGGUGCUGUAUGUGCACAUGGCUGCAUGGUCCUGGAUCAUAGGCUGUCUGACUUCUCUAUUACAAACAGUCCUGACAAUGGUGUUGCCUUUCUGUGGGAAUAACAUCAUUGAUCAUAUUACUUGUGAGAUCCUGGCCCUUCUUAAACUCACCUGCUCAGAUAUCACCGUCAAUGUGAUUGUCAUGACAGUAACAAAUAUUGUUUUAUUGGUGAUUCCUCUGCUGUUGAUUUUCAUCUCCUAUGUUUUCAUACUCUCUUCCAUCCUGAGAAUUAAUUCUACUGAAGGGAGAAAAAAAGCCUUUUCUACCUGUUCGGCCCACCUGACUGUGGUCAUCUUAUUCUAUGGGUCAGCCCUUUUUAUGUACAUGAAGCCCAAGUCAAAGGGCACAAACGCUUCUGAUGAGAUCAUUGGGCUUUCUUACGGAGUGGUAACCCCGAUGUUGAACCCCAUCAUCUACAGCCUGAGGAAUAAGGAGGUGAAAGAAGCUGGGAAAAAAGUCCUGACACGAUACUUGCCUUUAUUAAAAACAUGAAAGGAUUUGAGGCAUAUGAUGUCCUAAAAGGGGGAAUAAUUUUGUCUUUUAUAUUCAAAGAUCAUGGUGUAAAAUCUACCAUUAUGGCAGCUUGUGUGUUUAUAAAGCCAAAUACGAGGCCCUCAACCUUUUCAACAAAAAAUGGAAAAAUGGGCAUGCAAAUCUUUGAAAUAGUGCCCAAUCUUCUGGGUUUCCAGCUCUAGCAGGUCUGCUAAUUUCUCCCAUGAAAAUCAUGAUGCUGUUCAACAAGAUAAAUUAAUUUGUCUCUGUCUCUGUCUCUCUCCCUCUUCUCUUCUCC